AUGCCUCUCUAUUCUUCAAGCUGGAAGAGGGUUAGGGAGGAAAAAGCUGGGCCUUCUAGGGUUACUUCGUCUUCUAAUGGUGGUGGCUUUAAUUUCAACAUGUUUUUGAGUUUCAGAGGCAAAGACACAAGAGGCCGCUUCACCAGCCAUCUCUACAAGGAGCUGAACCAAUGCCGUAUAUCUGCCUUCUUCGACAGUGUGGGCCUCCGAAAGGGUGAAAGGAUCAGCGAGAUUUUGGGAUACAUGAAGGCAUCCCAGGUUGUCAUGUCCAUCUUGUCCAAGAACUACGCCAAAUCGAAAUGGUGUCUGCUCGAGGCUGCCAAGAUGCUGGAAAUUCACGAAGAUGAUAAGGAGAAUAAGUGGAUUAUACCUGUCUUUCUUGAUGUUUCUCCUUCUGACAUCAAAGAAGAUAGUGGAUCAUUUCAAGUUUCUAUUACAUAA